UCUUUCCCUAAACAAAUGAGGGGAGAGGUGGUCAGUCAAAGUGGUCACCCUGAAAUCAACACUGAAGCCCAGAAUUCCAUCCUUUCCUUGACACUGACCUGUUGAAUGACUUUGGGCAAGUAAUGACCCUGUCUAGGCAACUUUGGGCAUCUGGAAAAUGAGUGGGUUACUCUUUAAUGCUGUGGUUAACUGAUGCCAACAAGAGCCUUCAAGGUUAACAGGCUACAUGUAAAUGCAUAACUAUACUGGCUUAAGUUUCUGCAUAACAUUUCUUUUGUGUUAUUUACUAGUCCACACUGAAAUGACCAUUGGUGCUAAUGUGACAGACCGCGGACAGGAAAUCAGGCCCAUGAUUUGCCUCAGUGACACAGGACUCAGCUGACUCACCUGCCUCUCCAUCUGAGCUGAAAAUUUAUGUCCACAUGGUAACCUGCACAUGGAUGUUUAUAGCAACUUUAUUGAGAAAUGUCACAACUUGAAAGCAGCCAAGAUGUCCUGCAGUAGGUCAGAGUUUGGCAUCGUGCGGUCGCCCGGUCAGCACUGGUGGUAGGAACUGAACCAAGGAGGUACCUGCAUGGAGGUGCAACCUCUGACUGGGGGCGUUUCCAGCCUCUCUGAGGCCCCCGAAAGUCUUCUCUGGCUAAGAAUGAAGAGGCUGCCCUGUCAUAAAGCCCCCUAAGACAUGAUGUCACACACAGACACCCCUCUGUCUGCCGAAGGAGGGGCCUCUCCCUUUGACUUCCAGGAGUGGCUGGGGUCCCGUGCUCUUCUCAGGGUUGGUCCAGGAGCCUGAGGAGAGGAGAGGUGGGUAGGCUGCCUGGACAUUGAUACAGCCAAAGAGUUUUCUGCCAAUCAACAGAGCACCGCUGAGGCUGGUGUAUUUGACUGAAAAUGCUGUUUGGUCAAAGCCGCCAAAGAGAGGGACUCAAGACCCUGUAUGUAGCACACCUCUUCGUUCUAGCAGGAGUGGUGUAUUACUACUUCCAGACGUCUGUGGAAAGAAUAGCCCCCGAGAUUGCAGGGGAGUCAUCACAGUCCACAGGGAAGACCUUAAGGCCAGUGUGGGGCAUGAUGAUGGAUAAGUGCUACCCUGAAACCACUCAGGCCAUAAGCCCCAGAGCAACAGGAAGACGGAAUGAUUCUGCCCCCAAGGAGUUGACGGACACGUUGCCUCAGGAGGAAGAACAGGAAAAGAAAAAGGUCCAACAGGAAGUUGCUGAAUAUCCAUCUGGGGCUUCCGUGAUAGACAGCAAGGAGGAAAAAGGCUAUGGGGCUGGGCUCCCCAGCUCCUGCGAAAGUUCUGGCAGGACUGGUUUCCAGCCCCUGACACUCCCAAGGUGCAGAGCCAUGAAUGAGAAGGGAUCUAAUAAACCCUUGAGUUCUGACCUCAAUGGUCCAGUGCCUCCUUCCAGGGGCCCCGCAGUGGCUCAAACAAGCCCCACCUGCCCGCAUCUGUACAUUCUCCCGACAGCUCCAGGACACUGCUUCCUGCCCAGACUCUUCCCCCUAGUGGACACUCUGCAGUGGCCAGUGUAG